GAUAAUAUUUAACUUGGCCUCCUGACGGCAGCUCAUUUGAGUUUCACACGCCGACUAGAGGAGGAGAAAGAAGUGCUGGAGGUGGAGGUGGUAGAAAGGUGGAAAAGCAGAACCAGAAGCCCAGUCCGAAUUGAAAGUCAGGGGAAAGGAAAGGAAAAUCGAGGGGCGGACACAUGUUGUCAUGUUGACAAGUGCGAGGGAGUGGGAAUUGAAGAGCCGCCAGCGGUUGCCAGUGAAGUUUUGGAUGUUUCCGAUGUGGCUGCUGUGGUGCCUCCUGAUACCCGGCCAGGUGUUGCUCGGCAAUGCCGCCUCGGUCACCUGGGGACAUGUUGGCAAAUACGCCAGUGUGCUGCACACCGAAGAUGUUUACCUAACGCCGGAGACCCCGCAAAUAGAUUUCGCCUACGGCUCGCAGAAUGCCAGCGAUAACUACCGGAUUACGGGUAUACAUGUCGAGGAUUUGGGCUACGGUGGAGCGGAGGCCGUUCUCACAGCCGGCGGCAUUGGCCAGCAGUUUGUGGUCAUUCGUUCCUCCAUGGAAACACAGGAGCCAGCUUAUCUCGAGUUGUCCAUCUAUGGGGUAGACCUAUGAGAUGUCACUAAUAGCUAAGGAGAGGGAGUACUCUACUGCGUUGUAAAUAUUAAUCAGUCUAGAGCUUAAAACUUUCAGCUGUACAAGCAAAGUGCAGAGCGAAAAAGAGGAAUUUAUGAUCUAAUUUGAAUUUUUUAACAAUUUUAAUGGUAAACUUGUUUCUAUCUCAACUUAUUACCUAUUUUUCAUCACAUCAACUAUUUUUUUAUAUGCCAUUUAAUAAGUUAAUCUGUUUCUUAAGCUGUAUAUUAGUAUUGCAUGUGACAAUGUCAACAUAUAAGCUGGCUUAUAUCAGGAAUUGCAAGUACAAAGGUAAACACUAGUGACUCUGACCUUCCCACGAUAACCUAUAUUUAGCAUUAUCUUGAGUGAAAUCGAACUUUUUAUAUUGUGUUAAUGGCUUAGGGUAAAUAUGAAGUCGCAAUAAUAACGAUAAGUUUUAAUCAUUGUGCAAUUUUAUGUUUUUUACUUUUGUAAACUUUGUUACUAAAUAUAAAAACAUUAAAACUGUAAA